GAUUCCGGGGAACCUGGAACCAGCAGGAGGAAAACGAGGCGCUGCCCCCGAGGAGUGCUCAGCAGCCUCCUCGCCCAGCGGGCCCUCGCUGCCAGCGCGGCCCGUCGUUUCAAGACCGGGGAGGGUCGCCACCGCUCAGGCCUAGGACUGGAGUCGGCCGGGGGUCUGAGGUGGCCCAGCUCUGGUUCCCGCCAGCAGGCCCAGCCCGCCCAGACCCCCCAGCCGCCUCCCAGUCGAGAGCGCCCCUCGCCACGGUCGCCACGGGAGUACGGCACAUGGUGCCACAGCUCGUUCGAUGCACGUUGUUUCAGGCUUCCUCAGGAGGAUGCCCAUCGUCCAUAGUACAUGGAAGGACUCCAUGAAUCUUAAGAACUAUGGAGCUUUUCGAAGCAGUUCGGUGCAAGAUACCCGCCGCGCUCGAUGCACGUUGGCCUCUCAGUUGGCAGCUGGCUGCUCGGCGCGGCCUGCCCUCGGAGCUUAAGGUGGCCUGCUUGCGCCGCGGCGCCCUCACCGCCCGGCCCGUCUCCGCGGGGGGGGAGGGGACGGGCGGCUCCUGCGGGGCAGUGUCGGCACACCUCCUCGAGUUCCUCUCGGCCUCCCGCCAGAGUUGUCAUCCACAGCUCUCUCGAGGUUUGCAGAGCUGCUGUGUGCACUCGAGCCUCUCCUUCAGUCCCACCGCUCUCGAUGCGCUGCUGCCCUGCAGCCGCCUUCUGGCCCGCAGUGCCGCUGAGCACCGUGAAGCGCCAGGAACGCCCGCCCCUGGGUGCGCGCGGAAGGGACGAGAACGCAGCCUCUUCGAGCUGCGCUCCCCGUUCCCAGUCGCAUCACUACACCCGUCGUUCUUGUGAGUUGCCGCCGUGGUAGUUCGGAG